UGAAAUGCGCGCGAUAAAAUAUAUCGAAAUGAAUUGAAAUUAAGAUAUCGAUACAAUACGUGUACACUCUUCAUUUGCCUCGCCUCCUGCUCGUCAUUGCCCCUCUUAUCCCCGCUGUCCAGCUCAGCUGCGUUCUGAUGUUGUGGGUUAGGUCGGAACAUUACUUGCCGAUGUUGACGUGUGUAAGUCGAAUAGUUCGUCGUCCUAAGUGAUCAUGAGUGACAUUACCGAUUGGUUUAAAAGACUGCCAAUAUUCACCAGGUAUUGGCUAGGGUUGACUGCUGGGUUUUCUCUCAUAGGAAAAUUAAAAAUUGUCAGUCCGUACACGUUAUAUCUUUUAUAUGAACCAACAGUGAAAAGAUUUGAGUUAUGGAGGCCUGUAACUGCAUUGUUUUACUACCCCUUGACGCCGGGUACAGGCUUUCAUUUCUUAUUGAAUUGCUACUUUCUCUAUCAUUAUUCAUUGGGACUUGAAACAGGUGAAUUCAAUGGACGUCCUGCUGACUACUUUUUUAUGCUCCUGUUUAAUUGGAUAUGCUGCGUAAUUGUGGGCUUGCUUGCUGAAAUGCCAAUUCUCAUGGAUCCUAUGGUUCUGAGUGUACUGUACAUUUGGUGUCAGUUGAAUAAAAAUGUUAUUGUUAGCUUUUGGUUUGGCACAAGAUUUAAAGCAAUGUAUUUGCCCUGGGUUUUGUUUGGAUUCAAUCUGAUUUUAUCUGGAGGGAGCUUUUAUGAACUGGUUGGCAUUAUGAUUGGUCAUCUAUACUUCUUUUUGAUGUUCAAAUACCCACAAGAAUUAGGAGGUCCAAGUCUUCUUCAAACUCCUUCAAUACUGUACAAUUGGUUUCCAACCCAGCGUGGCGGAGUGCAUGGUUUUGGGCCUCCACCCGCAAACCGUCGCCCUGCAAAUGCAGGUGAAGCUCCAGCGGCAGGGCAAGGCAGGCAUCAUUGGGGACGGGGGCAUGUUCUUGGUGGUAAUUAAAUGGUAAAAGAGAAGAGGAGAGUCCCAUUUGCGAUGGUCUUAUUCAUUUUCACAAAUUUUGUCAUGGCUGUUGUGAAAAUAUCGUUGUUUGUCUCAAACUGUACCCUUAAGAAGAGUGUGCUACUGGAUAAAAUGGAUAAAGGUGGUGAGAAGCCGUAUACAAAUUUUUGUAGGUGUUGAAUUGAAAGGAAUGAUAUCAGUGAGGGAAAUAUUGUUGAUAUAGUUUGGAUGACUUCUCAUUUGUUUGGAGUGAAGAGAAGGGAAAUGAAGAAUGUACCCUUUAAAAUGUGGUUACUAUACAAUAAGUUAAUGGAUUGUACGUUUCAAAUUUAUUUUUUUUGUUGUUGUUUUUUCCUUUUCACACUGGACAAAUGUUAAGGGGUCAUCCAGGAAAGUUUGUCCUACCUCUUUUUGUUAAGAUAUUGUUUUGAGAAUAUUUUAGAAUACGGUAUUUGAAUGUGGAUGUAUCAAUAAACUUAUCUAACUGUGUGUUUGUGAUUACAUGGUUUUAUUUAGUAAAACUCAUUGUUUUGAUAUUUGAAGGCAUGCUGAUUUAUAAGAGAAUUCUACCUUGCCUGCAGUUCCACGUUUCUUUUCAUUGAUAUUUU